CGGGCUGCGGGCGGGGCGGGGCGGGUCCUGCGCCACCGCCCGGGGCCGGCCGCGCUCCGCCGCCUGCUGAGCUGCGGGUGCCGCAGCCCCGUGCCGCCGCCCCCCGCCGCCGCCGCGGAGCAGCCCAGCCCAGCCCAGCCCGGAUCAGCAGCCGCGGCGCGGGGGGCGCCCAGGAUUCCCGUUUGUCUCGCAGCGGCAUCUGUUCUUUAGCCCUGGAAGCCCUUUGAAAGGGAGCGCUGCUCUGUCUCCCCAAGCCAUGCAACAAGCGGCUAGGAGAAGACAUCCAUCAAUAGUAUAGAUCCCUUCAGCAUCAGAGCCUACAGAUACUGCAAGCGGACAAGCUUUACUUUGGAAAAGACCUUGCAUGACAAGCUGGGUGGACACUGCUGCCAGGAAGAGAAAGUGCUUUCACCACAGGUGCCAGCAUUCUCUGAAGAUUAAUUCCCUCAUCCUUAAGUGAUACCAGCUCUUCUUAAUACCAUGGGACCUAGCAGCAGUUUUCUAAGCAGUGGACAGGUUCAUAUCAUCCUAUGGGGAGGUUUGGCAGCUGUGACGAUGCUCUUGUUCCUUACUUUCCUCAUCUUUCUUUGCUUCAGCUGUGACAGGGAAAAGAAGCCUAAACAUCAGAAUGGGGAUCAUGAAAAUCUGAUGAAUGUGCCUUCAGACAAGGAGGUGUUCAGUCAUUCUAUCACUAGUUCAGCCACAGAUCCACCUGCCAGCAGUGAGCAGAAUGGGGGACUCAGUAAUGGAGAUGUUCUCUCAGAAGACAGUACAACUGCGUGCAUCCAGCCUUAUGAAGAAGUGCAAACUUCAGUUUCAGAUCUAUUAGACCAGCAGGACAGUCUUGGAAAGUCCAUAAAAUGUCACCAGAGCAGGGAGCUACCUAGCAUCCCUCCCGACAGCACCAUGGAAACCAUCCUGUCCGCAAGAAAUGUAGAAAAUGAUCCAGGUCUUGGAAUGGAAGGGCCCUAUGAGGUCUUGAAAGACAGCUCCUCCCAAGAAAAUAUAGUUGAAGACUGCUUGUAUGAAACUGUGAAGGAAAUUAAGGAGGUGGGAGGAACAACGAAUGUGGAAAGAAGCUGCAGCAGCAAAUUGAAGGCUACAAACACAGUUACUGAAAGGCAGGACCAGGGUCCUGGGUGUAGGGUUGAAUCAGCAGAAUAUGCCUCUGUUGACCGAAAUAAAAAGAGCCGACAGAGUGCUAGUUCAGAUAGCCCACUUGGCAACACCCCAGACAUGGAAGAUGAAGCUCCUCCACCUGUACCUGUGAAACUUCUUGAUGAAAAUGAGAAUGUACAGGACAAAGGAGCAGAGGAGGAGGAAGUGGCAGAGGAAGCUGGUGAACCUGAGAAGAGGCUUAGUUCAUUGUCUUACAAAUCUCGAGAGGAAGACCCAUCUCUUACAGAAGAUGAAAUUUCGGCGAUGUACUCUUCUGUGAACAAGCCAGGACAGUCCAUGAGGGUACUGGAUUCCACUUACACUAGUAUUCAAGAAGUUGCACCUCCAAGGUCACCAUCUAUCUCCAGUGGACUCUAUGCUAGUGUAAAAGACUUUGAAAAUACCCUAAAUAUUACCACUGUGCCUCACUCAGCGGACCAACCAAAUGGGGAGCCAGAGCCUGACUAUGAAGCUAUCCACUCAAUCAGCCAGGAGGAAGAUAGGACCCUAUCAGUGCCUACCACCAGCCAAACUGCUCUCUCAAGAGAGAGCGACUAUGAGAGUAUAGGAGACUUGCAGCAAAACAGAGAUAUGGCUAGACUUUAGGUCCCUUGCAGCAAGAUUAUAUGACAUUUAUCUUAUCAACAGGAGUAUUCAAAAGAAUAUGUGAAAAAAGAAAAGGAAUAUUUCUCUUUAUGAAGAAUAAAGUCAAGGUAUUAGUGCAGAACAAAGGUUAAAGAAGCAAUGGAUGUUUCAUCUGGGAUGCAAUAUCUAUUCACUUGUUCUUUGUGGUGGAUUGAAGCUUGCUAGAAAGAUUACAUCAAUUCAGAAUUGAGAUCAAAAGGACUUAGGCUUCUUUAUUGUUAGUUUCAGGACAGCCAGUAUUUCGGAAAGAGUGCCACAUUUGUCACUGUCAAUGGAUCACUUGCCAAAAACACUGCCAUUAAACAAAGCCAAGGUUUCAUUUUUAAAUAUUUGUGUUAUUUGCUUCAAAAUAUUUCUCAAGGAUCAUUUUACUUAAGGUUCAGCCUUCCCUUUUAUGAGCAAAUCAGAGUUAAUCUUAGCUCCAUGCUUCAACCUGGUCGUUCUUUAUGAGGGCAAGAGAAAAUUUUUAAUCUUUGUAUCAUCUGAGGAGCUCUAUAUUUCAGCAGAUUAGAACUGUGAGCACUUGCAUUCAAAUGUGAUCUGAGGUGAAGACAGAAUAUUCUGUUCUGUUUUCAGUACUGCUGUGGUGUGAACAAAGGUACUUCAGUUCACAAGUGACCUAUUUCAAAAGUACUUGAAUUCAUUUUGUAGACUCCUCUUUCUUUUUCAAGUCAAGUGUUUUAGAACUUGACUGUCAGUAUUUAAAAUAUGGACUGGUGUUUGUAGACUUGUUUUUUUUAAUUAUCUUUAGGCAUAUUGCUUUAAAAUGGUAGCCUUAACAUUUUUAAUACAUAGGCUGUCACAUUUGGACAGUUGUCUCAUUGCAUCUGAAGGAAAGGCUGUGCAAAAGAGUGUUCUGAUUCACGUGUCCACUCUGCAUUUACAGUGAAGAAAUCUGAUUUUUUUCUUUGAAUAAUCUGCUUUCCCAUGUUGUUCAUUUCAAAUUUAGCUAGAUCAAAAUGUAAAAAUGUAUUUUUCCUUGUAAGACUUUAUUGGGUCGAUGUAGUGCGGCAGGGUAAUAUUUUCCGUUUGAUGCACAGUUUCUAAUGCAUUUUCCAUGGUCAAGAUUAUUGUAUAUUAACUUGCUAUUUUAUGCAACAAAAGAAAUUAACCUAUCUUUAAAAAAAAACAACAAAACUAUAUGUUAGUUCUAGUAGAAGCACAGGAAUGAAUACUUCAUUAGUUUUUAUCUCAAGUCUUAGCAGGUACAUUGAGCAUACCUUGCCUCUCUUUAAAAUCAAGAUCAUUCAGUUUGCAUGAAGACCACUUUGUCAAAGGACAAAGAGAAUACAAAAAUAGUCUAUGGUUGUCGUCAUUCUUUUGAAAACCAAAGGUGGGAAUAAAAUAGCAAGGAAGGCAAAUCACUUGGGAUAUGAUAACAACUGACCGUUUUGACAAGCAGUUUGAAAAUCAUCACUCCAAAGAAGUCACGAGUAUUUUGUUAUUAAUAAAAACAAGGGAUACUGCUUAGAGAGAUUAAAUGGGCUGGUAUUGGGCUGGUUCUUUUCUUUUGCUUCAGUACAGCAUGAUAACCACUUCAAGAGCACAGAAAGAUACAAUGUAUUUAGAAUGUGUGGGUGUGCAAGUGCAUGCAUGUUCACAAUGCAUGCAAUAUGUAACUCAUUUAUGCACCUAUUUAUGUAUACUGCGUGCAUGUGUGCGUGUGUGGAUAAAAGUAUACAUUAAGAAGUUGGAUAACUUGGCACCAAAUAUAAAUCUCCUCCCCAAAUCCCAUGAUAUUGUUUGAGGCUUUCUCUUAUUCAUUUAGGAUAUAAUAUAUAAAAGCAGGAAUGUUUGGAAAUAUUUUUUUUUCGUUUUUUACUUUAAAAAGACUAAAAUGCAUAUGCAAAGAUUAGCCCAUUUAGUUGCACACUAACCUGCUUCCACUGGUGCUAUGUAAUAAUACCAAUUUGUUAAAGGGAUAUAUCAAAUCCAUCUGCAUUUUCCCUUGCUCAUUGGCAUAGUAAAUGUUUAGUCCCACAUGUGCCUACAUAACACCCAUGAAAUUAUUUAAUAAACAACACAAUUACUCUACAAAUGAUUUUUAACUCUCAAAAGAAAACUAAAUUAGGUACAAUAUAAUCUCAUAAAUCCGGCAUCCUUGGGAACUAGCACCUGCCAGAAAUUUGAAAAGUCUGGAUUUUUGAAACAUAAGGAAAGUGCAUAGCCUUAGGACAAAUUUCUUUGCUAUUACACAAUACAUAGGACUGAGUAUUGUUUAAAGCAAUAGCUGUAGGCUGACAAAAUUAUGGCAGUCAGAGAAGCUCUGGACUUCCGGAGAAAUUUCUGGAUCAUUGGGAAGCUAUUUUUAAUGCAAUAAAGCAGUGUACUGUAUUUUUACAAAGUGCCAGAUUUUUGAGAAUUCUGGAAUUUUGAAGCCCAGAUUUAUGAGGUUAUACUGUGCUCACAUGGGACAUAUUAGUGACCUUGCAAAGCAGUGAUACUUUUCAAUACUUUUUCAAUUGGUUUUGCAGCAUUAGAGCAAUUAGAACUCUUGGGAUCCUUAUCUCACUCACCAGUCUCAGACACUCUCCUGCAAGUCCAGGGCCACUCAGUCUAGUCCAGGAGCAGACAGUACCUCACCCUACUUACAUCUCUUCCCACUUGAACCAGAUUCUCUUCCUCCAGUUCGUUGCUCCUGUCUCUUUCGCUGCAGUUGUACCUCAAAUCUAACUUCAGGAGAGCAACAAGAAAAAUCUUUCCUAAGGGAAUAAAACUCCAUCCUGUUCUCCCCCUCUCGCAUCAUGGCAGUGCAGGUCAAAAAUCAGAAGAUCUUAGGAGCCAGUGAUGGAGAGACAUACCAAGAUUGCUUCCAAAUUACAGGAUACCAAAAGAAGUUCAGACUCUGGGGGCACAUCCAGACAAGCGCACACAUGCACUUUGCAGCACCUCAAAACACAUGUGGCACACAUGAAAAGGUUCUCCAUGCUGCAAACCAAAAUUAGAUUCUGAUAUCUGAAAAAAAAAAAAGAAAUUAAAAAGCAGCAGGGUACAGCACGUGGUUGCAGCAUGUGCCACCCAAAACCAGAGCCUGGCCUGCCAGAGCCAUACACUGGCUGCUGGCCAGGCUCUGCACACCUAGAUCAUCACUGCUGCAGCCCUGGGAGGUCCUCAGGACCCCAGGUAAGGUUGCUGCAGCCAGCCCAGGUGCUGGCCCCAGCCUCCCCUACCCCACCCAGUGCAAUUUACACCCUCCCUCUCCAUGCAUGGAGAAGCAAUCCCCAAGGAAAAAUAGCAGCGGCACAACUAUGUGCCACUGCUAUUUGUCCUCAGGAAAAACGCACUUCAGCGCUUGUCUGGAUGCACCUGGAUGGCUAGUUGGGGCAUCUAUAGCAUCUUACAUCAGACUCCUUUAUAAGUCACCUUUAGGUCUCAUGAGGUCAUCAGCCAGAACAGUUUUCCCCGAUCAAACUUUCUUCAGAGGAAAGAUCUAAAUGCACUUUCAGUCUCCGGGUCCGAUUUACUCCUAAAGAAAAAUGCACUAGGAUCCUGUCACGGAUUCUGAAAUGGACAAUUUGAUCUGGAAACUUUGCAUCACUUCUGAAUAUUUCUUUCCAGAAGUAAGAUCUGGACUCUUAGAAAUGCUCUCCCAGCAUCUCAUACUGGGUGACAGGCCAGCCUGCAAAAUGUAGAAUUUGCUACCUGAUACAUUUUUUCUCUAGAGCACUGUCUAUGUUAAAAAAAAGCCAAACAACCCUUUGCUGGUAUAUCUGUGUGUGAAAAUAACACCUCUAAUUGCUAUAGCUUGAGAGUAAAAGUCCUAGUAUAGACAAAGUUAUACAUUCUAGGGGAAAAAAAUCUAUUUGUCAGGAGAGCUGUUUUCAUUCUAGGAUGUAGUAGAAGCUAUGCUCUUUCCAGUGUAGGCUGUGACAACUCUAGGAGGUUUCGCUAUUACAUCAAUAGUGGCACCUGCAUUCAAGUGUGGAAAAAGCCUAUGACUGUUCUCUGCUGCAGCUGCAGAGAUAAGUUCUUUGGCUAUCUGUACCAUGUUCUUAUCAAGGUCCAUGUGUCUAAUUAUCACAGCUAGAAAAGGCGUUAUUACUGAUCUAGUAAUAAGUAUUUAGUGUUUCCAUAGGCUUUGGAAGCAGUAAUUUAGCACAGAGGUAGAAAGGAUGUGACUAGCCCCUAAAGUCUCUGACUCUACAAUUUAAAGGGAAAGACGGACAUCCAUCAACUUGGAUUGUGGGAGUGGUUAGUCCAGAAUAGCUAUAUUCAUAUCACAGACUUUCUAUGAUCAGCUCAGGAAGGUAGCGGUCAUGACCAAGGUUUACAACAAAGGAUUAUUUUCCCCUUGGAACUCUCCUGUGAUCCAGCAAGCUUCCAGGAAAAUGGUGCUCUGGGAGUCUGAUGGGAAUGAAGUUGCUCAGACUCUUGCAUUAAUAUUACUUGUAAACUUAUUUUAUAUGUAGCAUAGGAUUAGGGAAGGAAAUUGCAGGAGUGGAGUAGCUGCUGGGAUUCAGGGAACAUUUCAUAACAGCAGCUUACUGUGGGGCAGCCUUCAUCUUCAGCGGUACCUAAUGGGUCGUGCCUUUAGGGAAUCCAUCUUCCAAAGAAUUUUCUGUGUCCUAUACUUUUCCAUGGUUCCCUGAGCAGUUUCUGUUGAUUGUCUUGAUCAAAAUUCUGUUUACAUGGUGUGCUCUGCUAAAUCUUUCAGUGGUGCUUUUCUAAGGUGCUGGAUAAAUGAUUUCAAUGUACUUUCUCUGCUCAGACAUGCAGCACUCCACUUAGCAGUUACUACUUUUUAGCAGUAGCAUUGUUACUCCAACCACAAAACACUGAUGAUACUCCACUUUUUCUUGUCCAUCCUACAUAGAAUCAAAGUAAGUCCUCAUAUCUAACCAUGCAGGUCUGGUCAACAUUUAAAAGAAGCCACUUGGAAGCAGGUUCCUUGGCUUGAAAGCAGUUGGGUGCAUAAAUCUGAUCUGUACAUUUGGAGACUUCACAGACUUCUCUCUCAUCCCUGAUUCUAUCUGUAGGUCAGUUUUGUAAUUUGAUUAAUGAACUAUGUAUCUGCAAUGUAAAUUGUUCUCUGAGCCAAAUGAUUGAUUCUUUCUUUGCCCUUCAAUAGGAAAAUUAACACACAAUUCAGAUUUGAAUGGAUUGCUCCAAUUAAAGCAUGCCUGAGUCUUCUGGACUUUACCAUACUGCUCAGCCCAAGAUGUAACCUGUUGCAAAAUACAAGAAUGCAGAAAGAAUGGCUCAGCAUCUCAGGCAAUGGUGUCUUAUUCUCCUAGAGACAUUGGAACGAAUCCUGUUCUGAGUAAAGGAAACAGCUGAUGUUGACUUAGACAGGCAUUGCCAAUUACAUACACUAGCACUAAAGCUGGCUCUUGGUUUCUACUUGUAGAAUGAGAUUGACUGAAGACAUUAUGAAGGGAGCUGCCAGUAUGUGGAAAAGCAUAAAGAUGUAUUAUAUUGCCAACUUUCCACUGUUCACAGAACAACAGCCCUGUUGCAUACUAUUAAAAAAAAAUGGUAGUGGCUAAAGAGAGAAGUAGGACAGUAAAGUUUCUGCAUUCCCUUCAUUGGAGAAGAGAGAACCUCAUCACAUACUUUGACUGGACGUGUGGAAGAUUCUUUGCUCAGAAUUGCCAUGUGCCUGCCCAAAACCAUUCAAUAGCUCAGUUGCCUCGGUGCUCAUUUUCCAGUCAUGCUAAACUUGCCAUAUGCAGUGGACAUUGCAGUUCUCUUGAGGAGAAGGACAAAGAUGCAGGAUGGUUUCUGAUGUAAGAUUUACCAAUGAUCGCUCUACAAAACAUAGCUGCACUUCUUGCCUAUUGUGAGUAGAGAGAUUUGUUAGGUGUGUUAGUCUGAUACCUAGUCUCUAAAAAGCCACUCUCCCCUGCCUUCAUGAACUACUUGGCCAGUAGCUGUUAUGCAUGCGGUGUCCAAGCCAGAGAAGAUUUAAGUCUCCUAUGUCUCUCAACUUGUUGGGCUGUAAAAAAAUCUUCUUUAAGCUCUGGAGAUGGCUAGUUAAAAAAUCUAAUGUUUUCCAAGAUAAAAUCCAUGACAAACAGGCUGACAAAGUGCCUACAAAUAAAGAUGUGAAAAGGUCAGUGUUUCUGUACAACAAUUCAUAGGUUGAUCUACAAUAUCAACUUAUGGUACUGUCCUGUGGUGUACUUUUUAAAAUCAUGGCUUUUCUUUGUUAUUUUUAUCCUUUUAAUAGUAGUGGGUUUCAAGUUUUGUAUAUUUACAGAUCCACUGUUUAACUGUAAUUAACAAGCAUGCAUACGUUUGUUAUAGGAAAUUCUUUGGUGUAAAAGGCAGCUAUAUUUAAAGAGUGGCUAUGUUAUUUCUUGAUCUUUGUACAAAAACAACAUACUGAUCAGUUAAUUGGAAAGUACUUAAAAUUAACUUUGUUUUAAAAUGCCUUUAUUUAAACUCUGUAAUGCCUUCCUUUCAGAACAGCACAGUAUUGCCAACUUCUGCAAAUCUGAGUAUCCUGAAAUCUUAAAGCACUUAGAUUAUUUUUUAAUAAAAAAUUGUAACAUUCAAAAUAUCUUGAAAGGUGACUGAAGUAUAGCCUGAAGGCUUGAGAACCCAGGAGGCCAAUAAAAAGCACUCAAAUUUUAUAAUUGUUUUUCUAAAUUACAUAAUUUUAACAGUAGGAGUUGACAGUGCUGAUGUUUUCACUCCCUAAUGCCCAUAAAGAGACCAUCACAUAUCAUUUCAGACUGUCUAUAAGAGGCUCAAGUUGUAACAUCAGGGUUGUGACAUAGCUGUGGGGUUUUUUGCAGCAUUUUUUAUAUAUUUACAGCAAUCAGCAGUUUAAUUACAUGUUGCAGAGGGAGUAAAUGCGUCAGGGGAAGAACUUAAUCUGGGAUUUCUCAGAAGCACCUCAAAGAUUUACAAGUAUGGGACUUUGGCUCUAAGUUAGCUACUUUGAAGACCACACCCUUGCAGACCAUAUUCUGUAAAUUUUACUCAGGCAAGGUGCUCUGUUGCCUCAAAAGUACUCUGCUAACAAGGAUUCAUAUGUUUAAAGUGAGCGACAGACCAGACUAAAAAUGCCUAAAAGCAUAAGCACAAGAACUUUGCAGUCUCUCAAAAGCCUGAGGACAUGAGAAUUUACCUGAUCCUUGGGGCUAUAACAGCAGAGUCUUUGCUCAGCCUGCCUAUCUAGAAUGUCCUUACAAGCAGACUCUCUAGUCUACUGCUAUGGCCAAUUAAAAAAUAGGCAAGUGGACUUUCCUAGCAAUUACUGAUUUUCCACCUGUGCCUCACUUAAAUAUUUCUACCUGGGCCUGUUUUGCCUUCAUAGCAAUGAUUUUCUAGAAGGGACUGUAGCACAAUCCCAGGCUCCUCUUAAUCCAUAAUGUGAAAAUGAGCUGCUUUUCCUCAGAAGGCUAACUCUCCGGAUUAAAGAAAAGCUGUAAAAAGCCACAUGGCUGAAUCAUGAAGGGUCAUUUCCUUUCCAGCAGAGACAAUGUUGAAUACUGCCUCUACUGAGAGGACAGAAAGAAAAGUAACAGGUAUGUUUAAUCUAUGCUCCUCCCAUACCACAGACACACACGUGCACCAGUGGAGUGUCACACAGCAGACAAGGCCACAAUUGAGAGCAUUCCCAAGAGCUGUUAUCAGUAUUUCCUUAGCAAAACAGGGGGACAUAUGAGAAUCCCCUGCCCCAUCUUACCAUAUGGUGCUCGUCUUUUGUCAAGGUGUAAUGUAAGCAGAAAUUAAAUCUAUAGGUAGCUUCUAAAUAGACAUACUGCAGCAUGAGAAAUCCCAGUGGCCAAGUGUUAUGUUAAAGUAAAUUUGUCAUUAUCGCUGAUUUCAAGGGACUUGCCUACAUUUAUGCUAUUAGACGUCAAAAUUGGACUCUUAACAGGAUAACUUGCGCAAGUUAAAAGAUACAGAUUCAGACCCCAAGGUACUGUUGAGGCAACGUGUACUUUUGUAUUGGAUAUCUGUGCAUAUUUUAGUUGAAGUAAUUUUUAUUUCUUCUGUCCUGAUCAACACACAUGACUCCCAUUGGAACAGCUAGAAAUGCAGAGCUUUGUUGUGUUCUUAAUAAUAACUAUCACCAGGAGCAUGCCUCAGUAGUAAUACUCCAAGGAUUUACUUUAAAUCAGGUGCUACAGAGAAUAGCUAUACUUCAGCACAAAAUUACUUUAUAUAGAUUAUACAGUGUAUACUUAAGACAUAUGGGGUAUAUAUUUGUAAUUAUAGGCAUCUCUUUUUAUUUUGCUGUUGUUUUAUAAUGGAAAAAUAUUUAUUAGAAUAAUUUCCUAGCAAUAUUCUAUUAAGCAACAAACUUUUUUCCACCCUAUAUUUGGUUCUCUUGUCACCAAGGCAGAACUGCAAAAUAUUUUCUAACCAUUAUAAUUUUCAAGAGAGGUCAUUACAACUGUAUCAGACUCAAAUCCUGGCCUGGAUACAGAGCCUGUGUUAAAUAUACUGUGUGUAAUUCAGAUGCAUGGAUAAUCCAAGCAGUUCAAAUAAGUGAUUGUAAUAUAUGAAAUUGGAGUCAGUGCAUGCAGACUUCCAAGAUGGCACUAGCAGAGAGGCUUGUUUGCAACCUGGUUGGUUAUUUAGCUUGCUACCUUUUCAAAUCAGUAUAGUUUUAUUAACAGAACAGCAGGCAGUGUAGUAUAGUUUUCCAAAAUUAUGGUCCUUAAAUUGUAGCUUGGCUGUAAUUGCAGGGCCGUAUUACUGUGGGAGUAAUUCGGAGUCAACACUAAGUUACAGUUUGCAAAUUGAUAAAUACCAUGAAAUUCCUUUCAAUAUUUUUUGUAAUAGUAUGUAUGAUCUGGUGUAAUUUAGCGAUACCAUUAUUCUAAGAAUGUUCAUUUGAUGUUCCUAGCCAAUUUAGCUUUUUGGCUGCUGAAAGCACAGUAGGUAAUUAUGGUUAUUUACUAUACGUGUAGACAAGUUUUGUGUAAAUACAUCAGGGCAAAAAAAUGUAACAAAGUAUGAGGUAAGUUGUGAGUUAUAUAAAAGUAAGAACACAGGUCAGUAAUAUAUUAUAUAGGGUUUAUUUAUGUACAGUAGUAUCAUAAUCUCUACUUGUUUAUAUGCUGAUGAAACCUUCAUAUUCUGUCCUAUAUUCUAUGGAAGUUUUUAGAAUAGGCUCCGCCAUUUUUUUCUGUUUCAUAUAUUUGCAUAUAACUUUUAAAUUUAUUGGUAAUCCUUGUAAACAAUGUCAAAAUGAGAAAUGUUUUAUGUUGAGAUGAAAUGAAACAAGCCUAAUUUAAAAAUACUGGGAUAAUUCAAUAAAUUGCAAUCUAUAUAAAACCUCAAUAGCCAAAUACAAGAAACUAUCAUUAAAAAGUUUGGUCAUUUUUUUGGAAAGCGUCUUAAAAAAAAAGCACCCAAAAUCCUUCUUGUUGCUUGAUGAGGGAGGUGUGUGUUUUUUGUAGGGGAGGAUUUCUGUUGCUUUCAGUAAUGUAUAAUAUUUUGGAUUAACCAUUAAAUCUACUUAUUUCAA